CGUGCAUCAACGACUUUCACUGCUUAUUUUCUUCAAUUCAUGAAAGCCACUCUGCCUUUCAAUGUUCGCGUCGCAGCCGUCGCUUUCAACGUCCAUACCUGGGUACCUCAAGUGCUAACACUAAACCUAGUACCUUAGUACUGCCUUAUAGUAACUAGCAAAAAGCCGCGUCCGACAACCCACAAAUCAUCACCACCAUCGCAUCGCAUCGCGUCAAGUCCCUGCAACCCCAUCAUUCUGAAGCUGCCAGUCCAAGUUGUCAGAACUUUCAAAGUUGGAUUCCGCCAUUGAAUCCAUACAAUUAACAGCAAUAAGAUAUAUAAUUUAUACGACCUUAGCUCAAACUCGAAUGCGUCCGCCAUAUUUUUGCACCCGCAACCAUGGAGAAUAAGAGAAAAGCAAGCAGUGCAAAUGUCGACUCAUCGGCAAAUGAUUCCAAUGAUAGAGCUGCUAAGCGUCGCAAGCUGCAAGAAGAAUUCGGUGAUCUUUCAAACGGCGAGACCGCUGAAUCAACCACUGCAUACGGAUUAAACAUUCUAGAAUCAAUCCGAGCCACUACAGACAAAAAUGGUCGUUCCGUUUCGCCCUAUUUCGAGAGACUCCCAUCCAAAAGCCAAGAUCCUCAAUAUUACAAGAAGAUACGGCUUCCCCUAUCUCUAGAAUUGAUCGAAAACAAGCUCAAAAACCAUGAAUACACAAAGCUCUCCGCAUUGGAGAGCGACUUCAAGCGUCUCGUUUCAAACGCCAAAGAAAUCAAUGAGCGGACAUCUGUAGCCUUUGGCGAUGCAGAACGAGUACGAAAGGCCGUUAGUAACCUCAUGGUCAAAUAUAAUCCUGCAUACAAGUCCGGCAAUUACCAAGCUGUCGCUACUCCCUUACCUCCCACACCAGAGCCUGACGAUAACGAGGGCGAUGAUGACGAUAAUGACGCCGAGGAAGAUGGAGAGGACGAGAAGAGUGCCAGUGAUCAAGAUUUGCAACCAACAUUGGAGAAGGAUGAUGACGAAGUAGCUGAAGUAGCUGAAGAGGAAGCUGCCCAAGCCGAAGAUGAAGACGAAGAAGAGGUUGAGGAGGCUGAGGAGGACGUGCAAGAAGAGGCCGAGGAAGGAGAGGAGGGAGAAGAGGGAGAGGAAGGUGACGAGGAAGAGGACGGAGAAGAAGACGAAGACGACGAGGAUGAGGAAGGAGAAGAAGUUGAUGAGGAUGGCGAAACAAGCCCUGAGGUUCGAAAAAGACGACGACCCGGCCGACCACCGAAGAACCCUGCUGCGCACGCCCGAAAGGUCGCAGCACGUGGGCCAACUCCUGGCAAGGCCGAUACUCACUACGAGAAUAAGUCGUAUAAAGGUCUCACCUUUCAACAAGCUCAGGAGAAGAUUGUGGAAGAAAUGCUUCGAAAGAAAGACGAGACUGGCGAAUUCCCCUAUUUUGAGCCUUUUAUCUAUCUUCCCCCACGAACGCUCAAAGACUACUACGAGAUCAUCGCAGAGCCCUUGUCGCUCAAGGCACUACAAAAACAAGUCCGAGGCCAGCAUGGCAGAGGCGGAGCAACCUAUGUCAGCGACUUCAAGGGCUGGGCUGCUUUUGAGGAUCAGGCUAGUCUAAUUUGGAAGAAUGCGUAUCAUUACAAUGAAGAUGGAAGUGAGAUCUUUCUCAUGGCUCAGGAACUUGAGCAAUUGUUUAACGAGCAACUAAAGCUUGCCAAACUUCAGAUUCCAGAGCCAUCCCAGCCCAAGAUAAAGUUGAAGAUGCUGCCCAACUCGGAGACUCCUGUACAUCCUAAGAAGAUUACUAUCCAUGUUGGUGGCAAGACAAGUGCUACGGGCUCACCGGCCCCCGUGACAGGCCAAUCCGGCGAGGGGGAAGCUAUUCGUAACGGCACACCUAUAGGCAGAAAUCCCUUUGGGGGCUCUACAGCAACGUCUGUAAACCUAAGCCAAUUAGAAAAGGCGAGAAGCAUGUCAACCUCUGCUGGCCCUCCUAGUCCGUCGGCAGCAGGGCUGGCGAAAGUUGAGGAAACCGUUCGGCCGUCACCUGCAUUUGCGAAUGCUCAGCCAUUUGCACCUCCAGUGAUGCCCCCCGCCAGCGUUAUACCCAAUGAUACGGUCCAGCAACAGCCGCCCCAACCCCCUCCAAAGCUAUCGGCCGCUGACAUUCUUGAAGCCCAAAAAUAUCGGCCCCAUCCAAUUAAAGAGUCAGAGGCCCUCAUGCCUAUGCUCGUUCUCACCUCUCAUCCUAGCCUCCCUCUUGACAAGAAACUUCAACUAGCCUUUCCCGCCAGUCCUACUGAGACCCAACGAGAUAUUGUUUUGAGUGCGCCCGCCAGCCACUUCCGCCUACAGCUCAAGCCGCAGAUAGCGCCAUUCCUAGAAGCCCAGAAUCGUGAGUGGAAGUUGAAUGUGAUCCACGAUACGGUGCGCUUGUAUCCUUCAUCGGGUCCAUUUGACAGGCGAGGCGAGCCCGUUUUUGACGUCAACUUACAUUUCGGGGUGAAUCGCCUGGAGGUCUCAGUGGUGGCAGCCCUCCCAAAGGGUCAAAAGGCACCUAAUGGGCUAACGAUGGAAUUGGAGAGAAUUGUGAUACACUUCAAUUUACUCCGACAUUCGUAGCAUCAUGACAUAGGCAAAUGAACGUGCCCCUUAUUCUACGCAGAAUUAAGCCCAAGAAAGUCGCAUAUAAAAGACGUGCCUCGUCACCAGCCAUGGAAGGAAUAAUAGGUUAUAUGGAGGUAGGCAUUUAUCAGGGAACAUAUGAGCACAAAGAAGUGGUGGAUAUUAUAGACGGCCCUUCAUAUUGUACUAAGGGCAGGUCAGAUGUACACAGGGUGGUCUAUCGACAAAUAUUCAACGUCUACUCGGUGGACUUAGGGGGCCAUUGACUUGCUUCCCAUUCUAAUGCUUGUCGGAAUUGACAUUGGUGAGGAGUGGUGGGAACGGUGGGAACGGUGGAACAUACGAAUCUUGCUUUUAACAUUGAGGCACUGCAGCACUGUAAUAGUCUACAAAUUUGUGAUCUCACAUGCUUGGUAGUGGUGGUCAUGGGUAGAUGAAGUGAAAAUAUCUCGAAGACCUCGUCACAUUUCACUCAGUUUAUAAUGAGACUGCAGAACAUAUAGGUCAAGAUCCUGCUGUGUACUUAAUUGCUCUGGCUAGCAUGUGCCCAAUUCAAAGGAAUGAAAUACAAGGAC